AAGAGUUUAUUGUUUUAAGUGAGGGAGAUUUAUCACCCUUUAUGAAUUGUAAUACAUUUCCUUUAUUCGGUGGCUUUUAACGUGCAGCCUUCAGUUUUCUCUCACGCGGUUCUUUCUCGACUCUUUCCAAAUGCAUCCCUUUUGUAAUUCUGUUGCAGAACCGGGUGGUUUCCGUUUCGUCGUAGUACCUCCGUGCGAUCGGUCCCUUUGUAAGGAGCGGGAGGAGGAAGGCUUUGUCACUCGGAUCUUCCUGGAAAGGGCAUCCCCUGAUAGAGCUAGCUUUGCACGUAGUCACUGCUGAAAAUGAUAGCAGAUCAUCUUGUUUAUUUAUGCAUUUAUUUCGUGUAGGUUAGGGUAAUGGGUUAGAAAAGGGGAUGAGCGAGGGAUAGGAGCGCUGUUAUUUCUGGGAACUCGUGUUUGGUCACCUUUACUCUGCAGGAGGCACAGAUAGAAGUGCUUUUAGGGUUACGAGGAGGAGCUUCGGGAGGAGGAGAUGAUGAGUAAGAGGUUCCCUGGAACUCGUGUUUCAGGCGUAUGACAGUUAGAGAGGGGCUGCGGGGACCGGCCAGAGCCAUCAGAGGAACAGACAGAGCCCCCACAGGGGCCUCUCUCCGGCAGUAAGGCAGGUGCUGCUGGACAACAGAAGCAGUGGUGAGGUUCAAGCAUACAUGGCUCCCGGUGUCUCAAAUGAGAAGAAAAUGGAAGAUGAACAGUCUUCAAGAGAAAAUUCUAUCCAUCUGUGCAACCCUCACCUGGAAAAAAUGAAAGAAGACAUCCUAUACCAUUUUGCUCUUGGGACCGGUACCCAUGAUUUUCCUGCACUGUUUGGAGACGUAAAGUUUGUGUGUGUAGGAGGAAGUCCUUCACGGAUGAAAGCUUUUAUUGCCUACAUAGCUGAAGAACUUGGACUUGGGAGCCCUGGUGGUGACUACCCCAACAUCUGUGCGGGAACUGACCGUUAUGCCAUGUACAAAGUGGGACCCGUUCUGUCAGUCAGUCACGGUAUGGGCAUUCCUUCUAUUUCAAUCAUGUUGCACGAGCUGAUCAAAAUGUUGUAUCAUGCCAAGUGUUCCAACAUAACCAUUAUUCGCAUUGGCACCUCGGGUGGAAUAGGUCUGGAGCCAGGCUCAGUGGUUAUAACCAGGCAGUCUGUAGAUGCCACCUUCAAACCUCAGUUUGAACAGGUUGUCCUGGGAAAAACUAUAAUUCGCAGCACAAAUCUAGAUGAAGAGCUGGCUAAAGAGCUGCUGCAGUGCAGUAAAGAAAUCAAUCAGUUCAAUACUGUCAUUGGAAACACUAUGUGCACUUUGGAUUUCUAUGAAGGACAGGGAAGGUUGGAUGGUGCGAUCUGCUUGUAUAAUGAAGAAGAAAAACUGCAAUAUUUGAAGGAAGCUUAUGAUUCUGGUGUCAGAAACAUUGAGAUGGAAUCUUCUGUCUUUGCUGCCAUGUGCAAUCUCAGUGGUGUCAGAGCUGCUGUAGUGUGUGUCACUCUCCUGAAUCGGCUCGAAGGGGACCAGAUCAGCAGCUCACACGAUAUACUUGUGGAGUAUCAGCAGAGACCACAGAAAUUAGUGGGAUAUUUUAUUAAGAAAAGUCUUGGGAAAGUAUGACGUGUCUGUCUUUGGUUUUUAGAGACAGAAGGCUUUUGCACAGCGGAAGUCGUGGUCACGACCUCCGUGCAUUAAAGGUUCUUUGCCUCAGAAUAGCUUUCAGCAUUCCAUGUACAUGUGGAAGUUAAUCAUUUGUGUCAGUGUGCUUUGGGAACUGAGUGUGCUGAAUGCGCUUCAGUUAAGAUUAGUUUAGUUAUUGUUGCUGGGAUUUAAGAUUCCCUUUUCUGAGUGGAAAGUGGAUCUGUUGUGAAGGAGAAGCUUGCUGUGACAUAUGAAAAAGCUUCAUUUAUCCCUGCUGCUAAAGAAAAAGUAGGAAGAAAACAAAGUACUUUUUUGGAAAGUACUUACAAACCACCAAAUUAAAAUUAAUUUAAGAAUGUUAAUACCUUCCUUGUUGUUUUUUAAAAAAUAUAUAAAGUUAUAUAAAUUAUAACAGCUGCCUUUGUUGUUUCACUUUGUAAAGAAAACUUAGAGUGAAUGCACUUUGUUUUUUCCAGACAUUGACAAAUAAACAGUAUUGUUUUCAUAUGGUGAUAUUUCAGUAAAUUGCAAAGUGUGAGACUGGAUUUCCUCAGAUUUAUGGAUUUGACACUGAGCUGUUGAAUAUCUGUACUUGCUAGAUACCGAUCCAACAACAUCAUUUGUAUCUCAUUUAAACUACACCAUUGGGUGAAUACCCACGGAACACUUUUACUGUAGUCAUUUUGCAUGGAAGAACAUAAAAUCUUUUGCUGAAUUGUUGCUCCUGCAGCCUGAAGGCAAAGUUAGAGGCAUUCAGGAGAUGCACAACAUCUUCACAGGACUGCAUGAUGCGGUUCAUUUUCUUCCUCCCACUUCAUUUCUUUUUAAAUUUUUUUUUCAUUAACACUUAACACUCACUCUUGCAGUUGUUUCCAGUUCUGAAAAACUGGAGAAUAACUAUUGACUGCACGUGCCACCGAAAAUGUCUGCAUAUUUUUUUCUGCUGUCAUUAGCCUAG